AUAGAAACACCUCAACCAAUUAGAUACAAGCCUGCACAUAUUUGCCAGCUCCAGUACCUCCAGACUGAGAUAUAAUCCAACAAGUUACCAGCUUUAGUCAGGUUGUAGCCAUUUUCAGCCAUUGACUCGAAUCCAAGAAAGACCCAGUGGUGGCAAGGCAACGAGAUAUUAUGUUCAGGUCGGCCCUGUGUGUGUCCUGCCCCUGUCGAUGUGUGCUUUUGUGCACUUGCCUCCUGUGCUCUCUUCUGACCAGCAGUGGCCUGCUGUGUAACUACAGCCUACUGCAACGCAAAGGGCAACCCAGCCGAAACACCACGGAGUGCAGGCCUCAGGACCGCUGCUUCUCGGCCCCUGGGCUUUUCGGAAAGAGUCACAUCCUGUCUGCCCAAGGCUGUGUAUCGCGGGAGCUGUGUGGCACUGUGCAGCCCGCCGUCUUCAGGGGAUCCACCUACUUCCUCAACUACACCUGCUGCUGCCGGGACCAGUGCAACCUGCCCCCGGAGCAGGACAACACCCUGAGGAUGCUGCUACGAGAGACGAAAGGCUCCCUCAAGGGGGCCGUUACCACAAAGACCACGGUGGAUGACUGUCCAGAGGACAACAGCUUGCAGGAAAACACAAAAGCUAAAGGGGGUCUGGGGUUAAAGGUCCUCUUGGCUUUUAACUGACCAGUGCAGACUGUAAGAAUUUAAGAUGUUUUGUCCCAAUUUUUAUUUGCCAUUAAAUGUUUGGGAGGGGGAAGUGAUGUGAGAAAAGAAACUGUAGAAGAGAGAGAAUAGACUUGAGUAAUCCAGAAGAGAACAGUGUAGACACACCCUUCUCCUGGAUCUAAGGUGUUGUGAUCAGCUCCCUCAAUUCUUAAGUGACCAGUGCUGACAUCUUCAAUUUGUAAAUUGGAAAUUCAGCCAAUAAAAUAUUUUUCUAUCCAAA